UAUUCGGUAGGAUGCCAUCGAUCUUGACUGGACCAAAAGUAUGAAGAAAAUCGUACUUUACUGAGGAUUAUUUGACUUUUGCAACCAAGGCAUGGUUUUCCCGCCUUUUGUUCUGAAAAUCCAGUGUCAGCGAUUUACGGGUACACCGAAGUAGGCCUAUAGCUGAGGAUUUACGAUACAACACGAUAUGGACACUCAAGAUGAAGCAGGUCCUAGCAGGCCAUCUGGAGAACAUUGCUUCGAUGACAAAGCUCUGUACGAGAUCGCUACGAGGCUUGGUUGUGAUUGGGUAAAACUGGCAGUUCAGGGGCUUGGCUUUACGAUGAUACAAGUUCCAAUUAUCGAGAACAAAUACGAAAAAGAUCCCAUAAGGCAAGGUUUGGAAAUGCUUGUGACAUGGAAACGUGCCCAGUCCACCAGUGUUGAACAGCAGAUUACCACGUUGUGUACAGCAUUGAAGAACAUCGGAAGGGCAGAUAUUGCAGAAUUUCUGCAAGGUAUAUCAAAUAUCCGGGAGACUGCAAAAUCAGGUCCUGAUCAUCUGAAGAUUUGCCAACAGCUGCUUGUCACUUUCUACGAAGCUCACGCAGGGUUCAUCCCAGAGAUUGUAACGUCUUCUAUGUUUCCGGCGCUGGGUGUUGAUGAAUUCUAUAUUCAUUUGAAUCUCCUUCAGAGUGGGCACCAAACCACACGUGAAGACGUGAAAAUGUCAGGGCAAACUAAGAGUUUGAAUAGACCCGAAACAGUCCCACUGGACACAUGGGAGGAUAUGUAUGAUGAAAAGAAGGUAGGGAAAAUGAUCCUUCUUUCAGGUGGGGCUGGAUUCGGCAAAUCGACCCUUUGUGUAACGAUAGCGAAUACCUGGAAAAAACGUCAAGGGUCAAACGUUGCCAAAUUUGAGCUCCUGUUCUUGUUGAAGUUGAGCCAAUUCAAGACAAGUUGUAUCAUAGAUGCAAUUUUUGAUCAAUUGUUGCUGCACACUGACAAACUGACAAAGUCAGAUUUGAAAAAGGUUAUCAGUGACAACGAAGAUAAGGUUGCAUUUUUGAUAGAUGGGUUAGAUGAAAUACCGCGCCAUAUUUUGGAAUCUGCCGAGGGUGUGUUUACGAUUGACGAGUUGUUGAAAAACAUGAAAUUGCUCAACAGCUGUGUGUUGGUGACAACACGGCCAGACAUGGCUGCCAUAGUUACUCAGGGGUACCGAGGCUAUGCCAUGGUUGAAACAAAGGGAUUUACAGUCGGAAACAGAAAUAAGUUCAUUAAAGCACAGUUUCCACGCGAUAUCACUGCUGCAGAAGCCUUAAUUUCAUGGUUGGACUCACUUUUUGCUCUCCAGGCAUUGUCACAGAGUCCAAUCAUUGCACGUAUGCUAUGUUUGCUUUGGCCGAACAGACCUGACCCAUCAAAACCAUUGCCAGACAAGUUAACAACUGUGUAUUCUGAAUUCACAGAGGCUCAUAUUAAACUUCGCUUAAGCACACUUAGUGAUGCUGAUAGGCAGCAAAUGAUGAAGAAAAUGUUGAAAAGACUAGGACAAGUUGCAUUGGAAGGGCUCCUAGAUGAGGAAAGACUCCAUUUCUCACCUGGAGAUUUCACCGGGGACGAAUCUGUCUUGAAGGACGGUUGUCAAAUGGGUAUCUUGAAGACAGAAACUGUUCCGAGUAGCUGGAGGGACGUUGAAGUCGUCACGUUUCUCCACAAGUCUCACCAAGAAUACUGCGCAGCAUGCUACCUUAUCAGUCUGCUCGAUAGUGAUGAACAGAGCUUUCGUAAGUGUCUUGAUAAAGCCGUUUCACUUCGUGUUGCGAAAGUUAUAUAUGUGCUUCGAUUUUGCUGCGGUUUAUCAGAACGGGCUGCUGAUCUCAUCCUUAGCCGUAUAGGACAGGGUAACGACGAUCUUGCACGAUUGUGCUUGGUUGAGUCUGGUUCACAAAAGUUAGCGUCUAAACUACUGAAGCCAGCAAAGAUUUCGUGCGAGGGCCAAGAGUACCUGGCAGCACUGUUGUUUUACAUACAGUCUGGUAUUAAACUAAACAGGACCGUCUUCCUAAUCAGGUGCAAUUCAUAUGCCGAACUGCAAGUUCUUGGAGAUAUUCUUCGAUGUUGCAAAAGUAACAUUCGGAGAAUGACUAUCAAGUGUACCCUGUCUGAUCAAGGUAAUGAGAUGUUACGGCUGCUUGCAAAAACGCUUCAAAAAGCGGAUAAGGCAUUGAUGAGGAAGAAAUUGCUAGGUAUACAAAUUGAUAUUGUUUAUCAGUCAAAUUACGAUGGUCAGUACCUAUCGGAGUGCAUUUCUCAUUUACCUGAGCAGUUAUGGACGGUGUCUGUAUUUCGAAGAUCGCUGGAUGAAACGUGCGGUCUAGUGGAUGCACUGACAGGAUGUGUGUUACACAGUGUGUGUGUAUCUGAGGUCGACAUGCACGGUCACAUUGCUGAGUUGGGUCCUCUUGUUACUCCAGCCUUGAAGGAGUUGUGGUUAAACGUCUGCGAACUGGAUGAUGCUGAUGUGGAGGGCGUGGUCAGCCUCCUUCCUGUUGGACAUGGUUUGACAGAGAUUGGUAUUCCUGGCAAUGCAUUCAGUUUGGAUGCAGUGAAGACUCUUGCGGGCCAUUUUCAUGAUCUUCCUAAACUGAACUUUUUCUUGUGCCACUCCCAAGGUCUUGAUGCUAAUAAUGUUCAGCAGGUGAUUCAGCAAGACAUUCCACAACUGGAAGAAAAUGCGAAAAGAGCACGCAGGCCUUUCAAGUGCAGUUCAUACGAGGAGGUAAAACAACUCACACAAACUCUUCUUGGUGGCCUGGUCCUUCCGACCAGCUGGAUAGAUUUGAGGUACUUGGUGUCGGAGCGGUGGGGAGAAGCGAUGGCACUGCUUGAGGAAACAUUCGGGUCAUUGGACGAAAGGCUCCGUGGUCAAAUGGAGCUCACAGUCGAUGUUGGGAAUGAGAGUGUCGCUGAUGUUGAGCGGCUUGCAGGAUGCAUAAGCCGUCUGUCCACUCAAGUUGAGAGGUUCA